AUGUCUUCGCAACCGGACAAUCGCACCUGGGAGGUCCAACAGAAGGAUGCCAAGCAAGCGUUGGCUGACGAUAAAUACGACGACUGUUUGUCUUGCAGAGUAACUGGCUCUGCGGCAUUCGUUGGUCUCGGCAUCUACAGCUACUAUACAGGCAUGAGCAACCUGCGGAAACAAGAGAAGAUGAUCAUGCAAGGCCCCACCAAAUACAAGAUGGGUUCACGACAGUUAGGAAUUGCUACCAUAUCUGCGACUUUGAUUGGUAUGGGACUUUGGCGUGCCUUUAACUAG